AUGGCCGAAGGCGCAUAUAAUCCGCGGCGGAAACGGCGUCGUACAGAGCCUCCAGCAGCUUCCAUUAAAAUUGAACAUCACCAACCUAUAGCUAGCUCAACAUACGAAGCGUCUGCAAAGCAGGAAGUUUCAUGGUUUCGCCAAGAGCGAGGAAUUGCAGUCGAAGGAGAAGACCCAAUUCCGCCCCCAAUUCGCAGUUUCUCCGAGCUUUUGCUGUCUCCAGACGUCAUUUCCUUGUUACAAUCCCGUGGGGUCACGACCCCGUCGUCGGUGCAGUCCCAGGCACUUCCAUGUGUCUUCCAAGGUCGCGAUGUCGUCGCUUUGGCCCCAACAGGCAGUGGAAAGUCCCUGUGCUACAUUCUCCCCACGGUUAGACUGCUGCAAGGAUUGCUCAGGCAAACAGUUCUUGGGUUUGAUCAUUACUCUCCAAUGUCCGUAAUACCAACUUCACCUUGUGCGUUGGUUAUGGUACCAACACGAGAGCUUGUCGAUCAAGUGGUGCAGGACCUCGCUGCAUUCUUCCCCAGCUCGACAAGUCCACCGGUUGUUGGAAUCUGCGGUGGCGUUGCAGUGGACGAUCAGCUUGCAGAGCUUCGUCAACAUGCAACUAGUCCAGUCGCAAUGGUGGCGACGCCAGGAAGACUGUUACAUCUCGUGCAGUGUCACGCAGCAACAUUAUCGCUUAGGCGGAUCUCUCUCCUUGUAGUAGACGAGGUGGACCGCGUGUUGGACGCUCUAGAUAUGGAGACGCAGCUACGGGAGAUUCUACAAAUUACAAACUCGUCCGGCCGACAGACGCUAUUGCUCUCUGCUACGCUGCCUGUGUUCUUACCACGGUUGGCGCGAUCGGCAGUGCUUCGACCAGUCACGAUUCGCGUUGAAGAAGCAAACAUGGCGACCCAAGCUCCGUGUCCACUGUCGAAUCAAGCUACUAGCGCUACCCCAAUGACUAUGCUUGCACUCUCUACGACCUCGACUGUGGUUCAUGACGUACAGUUCAUGCGUCUGGCUGAAAAACCUUUUCGUUUGUUCCGCGUGUUGCGAGCGACUAAACACCCGCCAGUUUUGAUAUUCUGCAACUCGCGGUCAAGUGUUGAACGCGUCGCCCGUCUACUACGCUACGAACAAUUCCACGUGGCUCCGCUGCAUGCUGGGCAGUCUCAAGGGUAUCGUACUCGUGCACUACGCGCAUUUCGAGCAGGAUACGUUGACGUUCUGGUGGCUACAGAUCUGGCCUCGCGUGGACUUGACCUCCCUGGUGUCAAGCAUGUUGUGUUGUUCGACAUGCCGUCUACUAUUGAAGACUAUGUGCAUCGCUGCGGUCGUACAGGAAGGCAUCCUGGAGGUGACUUUGAAGUUUCUGGUGCUUCGGGUAAAGUCACAUCGUUCCUGACGCGUGAAUGUGCAAUUGCAAUGGAGCUGAAACAAGUGCUAAGUGCGGCUAGACAACCACUGCCUCGUGAGCUGGAGGUACCAAAGAAGUUCCACCAAACCGUUGGUACUGAGCAAGAGCAAUAG